CUCGCUUCAGUUCGUGAUUUUGACGUUUGAUGGGCAGAGGCUGGUUUGUUAUUGUGCAAUAAAAGUGCUAAAAUCGCGUUUUAUUCCCGAUUUUUUCGUUUAUUUUGAUGCUUAUCCCGUUGGUGCUGUGUUUAAGUGGUGCCCCAUUCACCGGAUUUCACUGAGGAAUUGAAAUUAACCCCGAAGCCAACUCUGCCCUAACCAGAUGCUUCACUCAACCCCCCGCACCGACAAAGGAUAAAAAAAAAUUAAAUAAAAAAAAUGGAGCGGCACAGCGGGGGCGGCGGCCCGCCCGCCCAUUUACGCGGCCGCCCCGUCUCCGGCCUGGAGGCGGCGCACGCCAACGAGUACUUCGAGCCAUUCCUGAACGCCGCCACCCUAAAAAACAUCCUCGGCUACCAUCGGGCGAUGUGCGACCUCUUGCACCUGCGCCCCAACGUGUUCCCGCACUUCUACCCCAAACUGAGGGCGAACUUGACGUCGUGGCGCGCCAAGGCGCUCUGGAAAAAGUUCGACGCGCGCGCGUCGCACAAGUGCUACGGCAAAGGGAAGGCGUGCGCAGGUCUGCGCGUACUGGUGAUCGGCGCGGGACCGUGCGGCCUGCGCACAGCCAUCGAGGCGCAACUGUUGGGUGCUAAAGUGGUGGUAGUGGAGAAACGCGAUCGUCUCUCUCGCAACAAUGUGCUCCAUCUGUGGCCUUUUGUCAUCGAGGAUCUGCGCAUGUUGGGCGCGAAAAAGUUCUUCGGCAAGUUCUGCGCGGGGGCGAUCGAUCACAUCAGCAUCAGGCAGCUUCAGUGCAUUUUACUGAAGGUGGCGCUGCUGCUGGGGGUUGAAAUCCACACCGAGGUCAGCUUCGAGGGGCUAAUCGAGCCUAGCGCGGCUGAAAAAACCGGUUGGAGGGGUCAGUUUAAACCGGAACAACAUCCGGUGUCGCAGUACGAGUUUGACGUCAUAAUUGGGGCGGACGGCAAGCGUAACACCUUGCAAGGGUUCAAACGUAAAGAGUUCAGGGGGAAGUUGGCUAUAGCGAUCACCGCUAAUUUUAUCAAUAAGAAGACGGAGGCGGAGGCACGGGUGGAGGAGAUCAGCGGGGUGGCCUUCAUUUUUAAUCAAAAGUUCUUCAAGGAGCUGCAGGAGAAGACCAGGAUCGACCUGGAGAAUAUCGUUUAUUAUAAGGACGACACGCAUUAUUUCGUCAUGACUGCUAAGAAGGCCAGCUUGUUGGAAAAGGGGGUCAUUAAACAGGACCUGGCUGACACCGAAAAACUCCUCGCUCUGGCCAACGUCGACCAAGAGCGACUCCACAGUUACGCCCGCGAGGCGGCUGACUUCAGCACCAACUACAAACUGCCCCAUCUGGAGUUCGCCGUGAACCACUACGGCACCCCAGAUGUCGCCAUGUUCGAUUUCACCUCGAUGUAUGCGGCCGACUACGCCAGCAAGGUGGUCGAAAGAAACGGCACGCGAUUGCUGAUGAUUUUGGUGGGCGACAGUUUACUGGAGCCGUUUUGGCCGACGGGAUCGGGGUGCGCCAGGGGUUUUCUGUCUUCUUUGGACGCCGCCUGGGCCAUCCGGAGCUACUGCUCCGGUCAGAUGACUCCGUUGGACGUUUUGGCCGAGAGGGAGUCGAUUUAUCGUUUACUCGCCCAAACCACCCCCGAUAAUCUGAAUAAGGAUUGGAAGGCUUAUACUUUGGAUCCUGCUACCAGGUAUCCAAACUUAAACAAAAGGGUGGUCACCCCUCAUCAAACGGUUUUCCUCUAUGACACCGAUAACCCUGAGGGUAUCGAUCGGAUGAAACGCGCCUCCCUGGACUACAUGGGGAGGCCGGAGCACGUGGCGAAGAAGAGGAGACGCGGUAACGUGGAUUCUGAGGUUUUACUCUCGUGGCUCUCUGAGCAGCUAAAAACGCACGAGGAAAUUGAAAUUUCCGAUGUGAAGUCUGUGUUUGAAAACGGGAGGGUGCUGUGCGCCCUUAUUCACCAUUACCGACCCGAUUUGCUAGACUACGGGGCCAUCAAGGAGUGGGAAGCAUCGCGUUGUAACCAGUUGGCCAUGGACGUGCUGGAAAAGGAGCUGGGUUUAUCCCCUUUUAUGACCGGCGAGGAAAUCACUCGCACCAACGACUACUUGGUAAUGACCGCUUACCUCACUCAGGUGUACGAUACGUUCAGGGGCGAGAUUCCUCACAUCAAGCAUCCGAAACUGAAAAAAAAGGCGGUUUUGUCGAAAAUUCCUCAGAAGUUUAGUGAGAAAUCGCCUAAAAGUGGGUGCAAAGACGACUCGUACCCUCUGGUGCAUAAAACGGGGGAAAAGGUCGUGAAAAAACGACCUAAAGUCCCUAAAAUAGCGAUUAAUCCGCCCCUGCAAACCCUUAGCGAGAGAACGGUGUUGCCCCGUAACGUUGGCAGCCUUAAGAGUGUGAAAAAGAGGGAGUUUUUUGAUUUGACUUAUAAUGCCGAGGUUCCUAGAGAACAUAAACCGAAAAAAGUCUCGUCAAGAAACGUGUGCCUCUCAGUGAACCUGCUGGAGAAAAAACCCCCGAAACCCAAAAAGAAAUUAAUUAAAAAGGCCAAACUGGCCGCCAUCCCCGAAAAAACCGAAGAAAAAUGCCCUCAAAACCCCGAACUAACCCCCAAAAAAACCCUAAACGUCUUCCAUUGCCACACGUUUAUAACUACAAAAGACUCGUUCGAGUCCCUGGGGUUCCCGGACGUCCCGGUAAGGAUUCCUUAUCAGGACACCCAAAACCCGUUGGAAAUCCCCUCGAAAACUCCCCUAGAAAACAAAAACUCAACUUCCAAACCCCAAUUGGGCCUAAAAAGGUUCAGCCCCCUGGAACUGAUCAGGAAACAUCUGAGAAUAAAAAAGGCGCGAAUCGAGGAGGUUUUGAAUAAGACGGAAGUGCCUCCCGCGGAACCGGAAGUGAUCGAGAAAACUAGUUCGGUGUGUAGCAGCCAGGAAACGAUUAACAUUGAGAUUAUCCACGCGGGAAAUGACGACAUAACGAGGCAAAAUGUGUUUUACGAGUCCUCGAAGCGGCUGGUGAAAAUCACCUCCAGGAAUUUCGUUUCUAAAGAGACAAUGACGCGGAAGGACGGUAGUUUUGUGGUCCAGAAGAUUUUUGAAAAUGACAAUUUUCAAAAUUUUUCGGGAAGUAAAGGGGCAUCGUCUAAUGGGAGGUUGGAGGCCCGGAGGUUUCCGGGUUUUAAAAGGAAACCGUUGGUUGAAAGUACCCCCCACCUGAACAAACACCAGACCGCCGUCAAACCGUCCCGUCACUGUCAGACAUGUCAAAUUCGUGAAAAUUUCCAAGAAAAUAAUAAUCGGGUUUACGAGGGUCAUUCGGGAGACAUGCCUGGGAACGACGGCGACAAAAUUGCGAAGAGGAGUAAAACCAUGACUUUCCGGGAGACAGACGGGGACAUUUUCUCCCCGCAGGUCUACGGUCGGGUUCAAAACUGGAUCAGGAGACACGAUUUUCAGGAGGGAGACCACGAACCGAACUUUGACGAGCCUACGGCUUUGGCCUCGUGCAAGACAAGGUCGACUGAGUAUGACGGGGUGAAGGUGGAGCAACGCACCGAAGUGAUUAAGUGUAUGGAGGAAAACUCCUCACACGAAGACCUCCGGGACUUGGUUAAACCGGCGAAACGCGCCUCAAAGUUAAAAAUUCCCAAGCAACGCUCGAGGGGCUCCAACGUCCCUAAACCGGUCAGCAAGUACAGCCAGUUUAACCUUAAAAGUCAGUCGGCCCCCCCUGUUGAGUUCGCCGUUAUUAUGGAGGGAAAUGAGCCUGAACUGCCGGAAAACGUGACGAAACCGAGCGAGUUCUCGAUAAAAUCGAUAAAAACCCAUCAGCCUCCCCUGUUCCCGAUAACGACGGGGCCUCCCUCCAGACCUUCCAGUCGUCACAAGAGACACGCCGACUUGAUCCAAACGAAACCUGGAAGCCUGGACCGGAAGCAGCGCAAGAAACGCGCGACUUUGGAACGGACUGGACCGAGUGUGGAGGAACGCCAGAAGGUCCUGGAGGAGAUCGCGUGCAACCGACAGGACAGACAGAGCAGACGUAAACAGCAACGUCAACGUCAAACUGAACAGUUUUUGAAGAGCAUGCAGAUGCUGCAGGCGAACUGUAGACCCGAUGACGAGUCUUCCGGACCGUUCGAAGAUUAUUCGAUUUUCUUGUACCGUCAGACCGCACCGAAGUUCCAGGACCGCGUCAAAGAUCUGGAAAAGCAAUUCACUUAUGUGCCCGACCACGAAAGUAAACUCCCGGGCGGCCCUAAGCCCUUAACGAACACCAACGCCGAAGAAGACAUCGCGUCGAAAAUCAAAAGUCUACAAGACAAAUGGAGCAAUAAGCACCCAACCGAAAAGAAACCGAAAGACUUGAUGCGUGCAAUAGGAAAAAUCGAAACCUCCGACUGGAACAUUCAGCAAAUCGAGAAAAAAAUCAUCGAAAAUAAAAUCGGGAAACCGUCGACGCUGAACGCGGAUAAGGAACGCGUUCCUAGAUGGAGCAAGGAGGAAUUCCUCGCGAGACAGACGAAGAUGGAAAAGAAGCAUUUGGACAGGCAGGACAGCACUGAGGCAAAAUACGCCGAUAUUGACCGCAAUAUAAAACAGUUAGACCUGAAACUGAAGGAGGGUAUGAACAGGGAACUGGGGCAAAAUAAGGUGGCCACCAUUACCGAAAAGUUGGUCAGCAAAGUGCCCCAGGAGAAGGAAAAACUGGUGGAGAAGCCUGUGCCAGCCAAACCGGUUAACAUACAAAGCGGAUCGGAGUUUUGUCAUUUUUGCAAUAAACGGGUUUAUCUUAUGGAAAGACUGUCUGCCGAAGGACGGUUUUUCCAUCAUGGAUGUUUCAAAUGCCAAUACUGUCACUCCCAGCUACGACUGGGCUCCUACAUGUUCGACCGGGACGGACAGUACGGCUACCGGUUCUUCUGCAUCCACCAUUACGGCAUGCAGGGCGAGCUGCCCAGACCGACCAAAUUAACCCGAAAACCCAGCCAAAAAGGUGAAAACCCUCGCACUUCCCCCCAAUUCCCUUAUAAUAGUCAAGCGGUUUCAGGUCGGGAGGUCGGCCAGAGCCCGCAGAAAAAACCGUUCGGCGUUACCGGGGUGGACCUUUUAGAUCGCGUACAAACCCCCGAACGCAUUGAGGUGUCCAACUUGUCCAGCGGAAACGUGUCCUCGGACCACGAGGACCACCCGAGCCAAAUGGACGAGGACGAGUGGACUGACAAGAACUUCGGACAGUCUUGUAACGAACUGGACGAGUCCGAUGACGACGACGAUUCCACGUCUAGCGUCAGUGACACCGAUAGUGACGACGAGGCGGCCUUUGACGAUGCCCUGGAGCAGCCGGUGACCAAGGAGGGCACCAUGAAAUGGGCGGAAAGGUGGAAGAAUAGUUAUAGGAAGGGACGUGGGUCGGAUUCGGACGGUUACAGUAGCUCCGAUCAUAGUAGCUAUUGUGAGAACAGUAGUGACGAAUCUGAUUCGGAUACGGCCACCGAAGGCGAGGACGAGAUAAGGGCGAGGGAGCUCCGCAAACAGGAGGUCCGAGUGGACCCGCCAGUUGUACAAACCGACACAGGCACGGACACCGAGAUGCUCUCGGACGAAUCCAGCUCGGAUACCUCGAGCGAAAUCCAAAACUCCGCCACGGAAAUCUCGACCGACUCGGAAUUCGCGCAAGACGACCCGACCCCGACCCGCGAACUCCCUCACAUCACAUUAAACGACUUCCACGUGACGAAAACCCGCGGGAGCGGCACCCAGCCGCCCCUAAAGUGCAUCCAGAUCACCAGCGGCUACAUCCAGGAAACCAGCCGCCCCCGAGAGCACCUGGAGCUCAAGUUAACCCCCAGGAAACCGCUGGACGGUUACGCCCUGAAUCGCACCCAAAGCACCGGCGGAAUAGCCGCCAAAGUGUCCCUGGAACUCAAAAAGAAGUACCUACUGGGAGAGAACGGUCCUAACACCAUCCAAAAGAGCGGCAGCGCCUCCACCCUGGACACCAAAUUCAAAAGUUUCCAAAGCACCAUCACCGACUGCCAGAAACUGCUCAGACCGGCCUCGGAGGUGUUCUCCAAGCCGCCCCAAAUGCCCCCGCCGCUACCACCGCCCCCCGAUAUCACCAUAACCGCCCUUCCGGAACCGAAGGGGGAGGAAAACGACGGGCAGGGGCGGCCCAGGAGCCCCGUCCACGAGACCUCCAUACCUGUGCCCUCCAUUGAUUGGUCGAAAGGGCGGCACAGUCAGUCGAGCGACAGUUUGGGCACGAGUAGUAGCGAGAACGAGUCGCCGAACUUUGAGAUCCCUCGACUGGAGGUGCACGAGGUGAAAGAGGAGGUAGUGGAGGUGGAGGAGGAGCAGAAGAAGAGCGUCACCAGCGAGAAGAAGAGCUUGAACGAGCCGAAGUCGUUGCCGGAGGUGGACGAGGGGGGUUUGGAGGAGGUGCAUCGGGUGCUGCACGCGAGGAGGGAGGAAGAGGCGGUUGGGGAGGCGGAGAAGAGCAGUCCCGAUCAGCCGUUGACAGAAACCGAACUUUCUGAUUGGGCCAGAGAUGAAAACGCGUCGGACAGCAUCGAAAUCGAGCCCCAAAAACCCACCCAGGUGCCCCAGGACCGCCCCUUUAACCCUACGCCCCCGACCAUAAACCUGGACAGUAUCGAGUUCAUGGACACGGGCACGAGCAGUUGCGAGGAAAACCAUCGCGCGAGAAACGACGGUUACGUUCAGUUUAAAGACGAGGAGGAUUCAGAAGAUCCUCCUCCUCCUUUGGUCAAUGAAAUCUUUGAGGCACGGAACGCUUUCGUCGCAGGAGGUUUCGGAGGCCACGUGACCGACUUAAAGCCCUCCGAUUUGGAGCUUUUGAAGUUGAAACAAGCACAGACCGAGCACGAGGAGGACAGUCUGCUGGUGCUGGAGACCACCAACAACACCACCACGGAAGAAAACACUUGCACCACCGACUCUACGGUGAAGCAUGUGACGGAGAUGGCGCCCUCGCAGAAGAUCGAGAGUCUACAGAAGCAACGGCUGGAGGAUAAGUUGGCCAAAGUGAAGGCGGAGCUGUACAAUAAUGAGCAGUACGAGGAGCAUUGUCAACGGUUGCAGUCGAAGGUGGAGUUCGGCAACGCCAAAGACUCGAUAGACGUCCGUAAGUCGCGCAGGCGUAGCAAACAGGACGACGCUCCGCCCCAACCCCCCGACCUCAUCCAGGAAGAGCGCCACGUCACCCUGAUGCAACUCACCUCGCCCCCCUCCACCCCCAUCCGUCCCGACGUCCUCUACAACAAGGAAAACAUCAAAAAAGAGCGCGACGUCAACAAGAAACUGAUCGAGGACAUGGUGAUGAACAAAAUGCGCGCGGAGAACAAGAGUCUGGAGCGCAAAAGGCGCAACAGGAACGUGGGCGGGUUGAGCCCCUCGCGGCCCGACCUCCUGCGUCCCCUGAGCGUUUUUAACGCGGAGACCGCGCCGAACGAGGCUGAGGAAACGCCGAGGGCCCCCCCGAGGUACAAUCGACCGUCGGACGUGGCGAAAACGGCGGAAAAGAUGAAAGAGAACGCGAGGGCGCGGGCGCGACUGUUGAGCAACGAGGACCUGGGGCUCAGUCCCGAGGACAAACUGAACCGCCUCAGGGAGAAAUUGAGGAGUCAACCGGGAGAGGGCGAAAGGGGCAAGAAGAAUGGGCCCCCAGAAAAUUUGAGUCAAUUGGAACCGCACACGGACUGCAAGAAACGCAGCGACUCCUUCAGGAGAUCCAAGAGCACGGGGGAACGUCCUAAAUCCGUCCCGAAACUGUCAACGGUGGCACCCAAGUCGGAAGAAAAGCGGGAAAAUCACGAGGACAAAAAGAAAAAGUUCUGCAAAUCGGACCCGAACUUGUUGGACACCAGCAAGAAGAAGAGCGAGAGGCGGAAAAGUCUCACCAAGUUGAUCGCCGGCAUUUUCACCAAGGGAAACCUGCUGGCCAAACUCAGCCCUAAAGCGAAAACGGGGUCCAAGUCUUUGACCAGUUUGGAUUAUUUGAGACAUGAGAGCGUCUCGGCCCCACCGACGAAAACCCGCUCGGAAACCCACCUGCCGCCCCGACGCCCCCGGGAAUCGACGCCUCCGCCCCCGGUGCCGCCCCUCCCGGCCAACUACGUCCCCAAGGACGAGAGCAGCGACGGCGAGCCGCCCCACCAGGGGGGCGGCGGCUCAUGCGACACCCUGGAUCGCUCGGGAACGACGACCGCGAGGGGCGGCAGGAGCGGCAAAGCGCGGAAAGUCUCGCGACAGGCGCAACUUAAACGGCACCGGAUGGCGCAAGAGAUCCAAAGGAAACUGGAGGAAACCGAGGUGAAAACGAGGGAGCUGGAGAGCCGGGGGGUGGAGGUGGAGAAGGCUCUGAGGGGCGAGGACAACGGGCGGUGCAAGAGGGACGAGGGGGAGCUUUUGCAGGAGUGGUUCGAUUUGAUGCGAGACAGGACCGAACUGAGGCGUUACGAGAAGGAGCUGAUGGUGAGGGCGCAAGAGCUGGAGCUGGAGGAUCGGCACGCGAGGCUCCAGGGGGAGUUGAGGGAGAGGCUGGAGAACAGUGAGUCUUUUAAUUCGAUCAUUUUUGUUGCACUCAGGAGCGAAUAACUGCUAAAAUGAGGAGUUUUUGGUCUCAGGUUGGACUGUUUGAUUAUCUCGGAAAUGGUUGUUAAAUUGAUGAAAUUUGGGUUAUUUUUUAUAACUUCCUGGAAAAUGUUAGUUGUUUAACUUCGAAUAUGCAAUUAUCAGCGGUUUUAGGGACGUUUUUAUUAAAUUCCUGGAAAUUUUGGUUUUUUUCCAACCCAUAAAACUUGUGUUUCAGGACCGAAUGCCUGUUCUAUUCAACUUAGAGUGUUCAUUUAAAAAGCACCAGGUAGCAAAACAUUAAUCCUAAUGAUCUACAAAGUUUCAAAGACCUACUCCAAAAAAAACCCAAAAUUUUGGGGAAUUUUGGUUUUUUUUACUCAAAAAUCAUGUGUUUUAGGACCCAAUUCCUGUUCUAUUCAACACAGAAUGCUCAUUUAAAAAGUAUCAGGUAGCAAAACAUUAACCCUAAUGAUCUACAAAGUUUCAAAGACCUACUCCAAAAAAAACCCAAAAUUUUGGGGAAUUUUGGUUUUUUUUACUCAAAAAUCAUGUGUUUCAGGACCCAAUUCCUGUUCUAUUCAACUUAGAGUGUUCAUUUAAAAAGCACCAGGUAGCAAAACAUUAAUCCUAAUGGUCUACAAAGUUUCCAAGACCUACUCCAAAAAAAACCCAAAAUUUUGGGGAAUUUUGGUUUUUUUUACUCAAAAAUCAUGUGUUUUAGGACCCAAUUCCUGUUCUAUUCAACACAGAAUGCUCAUUUAAAAAGUAUCAGGUAGCAAAACAUUAAUCCUAAUGGUCUACAAAGUUUCAAAGACCUACUCCAAAAAAAAACCCAAAAUUUUGGGGAAUUUUGGUUUUUUUUACUCAAAAAUCAUGUGUUUUAGGACCCAAUUCCUGUUCUAUUCAACACAGAAUGCUCAUUUAAAAAGUAUCAGGUAGCAAAACAUUAACCCUAAUGAUCUACAAAGUUUCAAAGACCUACUCCAAAAAAAAAACCCAAAAUUUUGGGGAAUUUUGGUUUUUUUUACUCAAAAAUCAUGUGUUUCAGGACCCAAUUCCUGUUCUAUUCAACUUAGAGUGUUCAUUUAAAAAGCACCAGGUAGCAAAACAUUAAUCCUAAUGAUCUACAAAGUUUCAAAGACCUACUCCAAAAAAAACCCAAAAUUUUAGGGAGUUUUGGUUUUUUUCACUCAAAAAUCAUGUGUUUCAGGACCCAAUUCCUGUUCUAUUCAACUUAGAAUUCUGAUUCAAAAAGCACCAGGUAGCAAAACAUUAAUUAUAACGAUUUAUAAAGUUUAAAAGCCCCACUCAAAGAGAAAUUUAAAAUUUUGGAGAAUUUUGGUUUUUUAGGAAAAGUCAACUGCAAAUGGAAAAUUGGACUUUUUAGGAAAAAUUGUACAACUUUGUUUAUAUUUCCUGGAAAUUCUUGGACUAAAUAGAAAAUUUCUGGAGAUUUUUAGGAAAAUCUAAAAGCAAAUGGGAAAUUCGAGAUUUUUUAGGGAGAAUUAAACCAAAUGGGAAAAUGCUGGAGAUUUUUUAACCCAAAUUAGGAAAUUGUGGGCAUUUUUAGGGAAAAUUUAUAUAAAUUCGUGGCUAUAACCUCAAGUAAGAAAUGUUAAGCAAUUUUAGGGAUAUUAUGCAAACUGAUAUAAGCUUCUUGGAACAUUGUUAGGACCAUAAAAACUCGUAAAAAUAAGGGUCUUUUGAUUAGUUUUAUGAGUCAUAAAGGCCUUUUUUUUAAUGGUUCUUAACCAAAAUAGCUAAAGUUUCUAUGGCCCAAUUGACGUGAUUUCAGCCGAAAACAAAACAGACGAGGACCGUAACCUGGAGGAGAGCAUCCUGAACGAAAUGAUGGACAUCGUGGCGAAACGGGACUCCCUCAUCGCCGUCCUAGAGGAGGACAGAUUGAGGUACUCGCACGAAAACAAAGAUUUGGAAGAACGGAUGCUCGCCAAAGGUCUGAUGCUCACUUCCAUUCAAAAAACUACCGAGAAAUAAACCUUUUUUUUUAUAUAUUUAUAUACGCUAACGUGCCUAUAGUUUACGUCCAAAAUGGUGUUUUUCUAAUUUUUACUAGUCUGGAUUUGAGGUUACAGGAGCUGAUCUUUAUUACUAUUAUUAAUAUUAGGGAUUACCAGGGGCCGCCCAGGCAAAAGAUUGUGAUGAUGCGAAUUGUAUUUUUUCAAUAAUAAGGAAUUGUAUAGAGUGUACAAAAAAUUUAUAUAUAUUUAUUAUUGAGAAUUUUACCGUUAUGUGUGUGAAUAAAGCUUUUUUUACCAGUC